GGCAGAAGAAAUAUCACCGUUGCCCCAGUACACCACUCGAUGAACCCUAAAACCUCCGCUGGUAUGAGUAUGAGACCGCGUCAGCUCCGCUAGCUCAAAGGCGAAACCGUCCCCCACCGCCACCGGUACCGAGCUUUGCAAGAUGGUGAGCCAAAGACAGAGACUCGCUCGCAAGAAGUACAAAGAAGCACACCCUGAGCUGUUCCCCAAGCCAGAGCCAACCCCACCCAAAAACCCGACGAAGACGAAGAAGAAGUUGAACAAAUUCAAGCGCAAGAGACCAGAUCCCAAUGACCCCAGAAGACCCACCAAGAAAACACUCAAGAAGCACCCGCUUAGAGUUCCUGGAUUAAUGCCUGGUCAGGGCUGUUUUAUUUGCAAAGCCCAGGACCAUAUUGCCAAGCUCUGCCCUGAGAAAUUUCAGUGGGAGAAGAAUAAGAUAUGUUUGCUUUGCCGGCGGCGGGGUCAUAGUCUCAAAAGCUGCCCGGAGAAGAACGACGAGUCUGUUGAUAGGAAGUUGUGUUAUAAUUGCGGGGAUUCGGGGCAUUCUCUUGCAAAUUGUCCUCAACCUCUUAAAGAUGGAGGAACUAAGUUCGCCAGCUGCUUUAUUUGUAAAGAGCAGGGUCACUUGAGCAAAAACUGCCCUCAAAAUGCUCAUGGAAUUUAUCCAAAGGGUGGUUGCUGCAAAAUCUGCGGUGGUGUGACACAUUUGGCCAAGGAUUGCCCUGAAAAGGGAAAAAGAGGUUUCGGAACUGGUGGCAGAUUAGCUGAAACAGAAGAGGCACCGAGACCUCAAGUUACCAAAUUCAUUAGUGGGGACGAUCUUGAUGAUGACUUUACGAUGGAUGAAACACUUGCUAAGAAGGACAAGUCUAGUGCAGGUGCGAACGCGGCUUCUGGAAUGGCUGUCCACGACGAGUGCAAGCUGAAAUUCAUGGAGCUGAAAGCGAAGAGGAAUUACCGAUUCAUCAUCUUCAAGAUUGAGAACCAGCAGGUGGUGGUAGAGAAGGUCGGGAGUCCGGAGGAAACUUACGAGGAUUUCACCGCCUCUUUUCCGGCUGAUGAGUGCCGCUAUUCGGUGUUCGACUUUGACUUCAUCACCGACGAGAAUUGCCAGAAAAGCAAGAUCUUCUUCGUUGCAUGGGCACCUGAUACCGCGAAGAUAAGGAGUAAGAUGGUGUACGCCAGCUCCAAGGACAGAUUCAAGAGGGAACUGGACGGCAUUCAAGUGGAGUUGCAAGCCACGGACCCGAGCGAAAUGAGCUUCGACAUCAUCAAAGCCCGAGCACUCUAGAUGCUCGCUUAAUACAAUCCUCAAUGUCCUUUCCAAUUUCUACUGGUUUUUUGUUUUUCGGGUCUACGGUAUCUGGUGUGAGAGGCCGAGUGCCGUCGCCUCUUCUGUCUAAAAGUGUUCUAAUUUUCCAUUCCUGAAUCGGUGAUUUUGUAUGAGCGUCGCAAUAGUCUUCCCUAGCUCAAACUCAAUGUAAUCUGCUGCAUCCUGUAAUAUACAAAUUUUUUUUUUUGCCUCCACUGCUUUCCCGGGGUGGU